UAAAGUGAAAUUCAGUCUCAUUUCUAAGAGGGAUUCCUUCUCCAAGGCAGUGAGACAGGACUCAUAAGACAUGGCUGCAUGUGGCUGGAAUCCUGGGCACCAGUGCACAGCUGGCUUGGACAACUUCCUGACCAUGCUCAACCCCUGUCCUGCUCUGACUUCUUGGUGGGAACUCCAGUCUAGGUGCUGCUGUUAGAGCCAUUAUCAGCUCCUGUCUGCCUCUGAGCCAAGCAAAGCCCUGAGCACAUCCACUAGAACAAUUUCCCAAAGAAGCUGUUUGUGCCUGUUUGAAGCUCGUUUCCCUGGGAACCUCGGGUUCCCAAAGCCCACUGGAUUGAAGGCAGAUGCCUUUCAUUAAGGUGGCAGGAAGAACCUGACACUCAGCCAGGACAGAAAGAAGAAACCCAGUCACAUGGUGGGCUUCAAGGAGCAGGGAUACGAGACAGACUCAAGGGACCAAGGGACGAACAUCAGCUUCUGCCUCUGUGUGUCCCAGCAUGAGGUGCUUGAAGAAGAAGACCCUGCUUUUUCUCCUCAUUUUUGUGUCCCUGAAUGUACACAGGACUCCGUCACAGGAAGCUCACCCAGCCAGGCAAAGAAAGCCAUUUUUUGAGAGGCUCCGUCGACUAGAAGAGCAGUUUCAGAGAUUCCAACAGGUGACCUUAACACACCUUCAGAACAUUGCCAACAACUACAAUGUUUACCACAAUAUGGAUGUUCGCUUCCAGAGCCUGGUGGAACAGAGCCAAGCCGUAGCUCUAGCGAUGAAUCAGUCUCAAGCUGCCAUACAAGGAGAUGUGGCCCAUUUAAAGACCUGGUAUAGGAAGAGCCAGCGAAGGAGCCAGAAGCUUGCUCAGCGAGGCCCAGGAUCCUUGCAACUGUGGAGGGACCGCCAGGUAGCCAAGUCUUCACCCCAACACAGGAGUUCCCCUCAUGACGUCACUGUCCACGUUCAGGAGAUGCAGAAGUUCCAAACCCCAAGCAGUCAUCAAGCAGCCCCACCAAGGACCUACCAAGGACCAGGAAACAUUUGCAACACGGACCCAGUGCUGAUUUUCCCCAACACCUCCACCGAAAAUGUGAUCUUCCUUAGCCCUGGCUUCCUCAUGCCCCUACGAGCCCUGUCCUUCUGCAGUUGGGUCCGAAUGGCCACCAGCCACCUGGGCACCCUCCUUUCCUAUGCCACCAAAGACAAUGACAACAAGUUAGUACUGCAUGGCCGAAACUCCCUGGUCCCUGGUUCCAUCCACUUUGUGAUUGGGGACCCAGACUUCAGGGAACUGUCCCUGAAACCACUCCUGGAUGGCCAGUGGCACCACAUUUGUAUCAUCUGGACAUCCGUGGAGGGCAAGUACUGGCUCCACAUAGACCGAAGGUUAGUAGCCACCGGCUCCCGCUUCAGAGAGGGCUAUGAGAUCCCUCCCGGAGGGUCGCUUGUGCUGGGCCAGGAACAAGACACUGUGGGGGGCGAGUUUGACAGCUCUGAGGCCUUCGUAGGGAGCAUAUCUGGCUUGGCCAUCUGGGACCGGGCACUGCUCCCUAGAGAAGUUGCAAACUUGGCCUCUGGAAAAGAGCUCCCAACAGGCGCUAUUCUGACGCUGACCAAUGUCACUUCUGUGGGUGGAUUUGUGCAGAGAGCCAAAUGUACCUGCCUGGAGCAGUGUCCAUAUGCCACACCGUGACUGUGUCACACACAGUCAAGGCCAUCAAGAACAAGCCUCACCAAAAAAAAAAAAAA